AUGCCGCGCUGGUAUAGCGAUGCUGCCCUCUGUUUAGUCUAUCUGUCCGAUUUCGACAAUUCCGCCUCCCCGAGCGACCGGAACGCCAUGUUGCGUGGUGCCCGCUGGUUCAAGCGCGGAUGGACACUGCAGGAAAUUGUAGCGUCGCGAACCGUACACUUCUACGACCAUGCCUGGUGCUGCUUCGGCACGCAAGAAACACUACGAGACGAGCUGGCGUCCAUUACGGGCAUCGACGCAGGCUUCCUUUCGCCGCCGCAGCAGCCAGGGGCUUUGGAAAUCCGUGACCUUCUCGACGCUUUACCAGUUGGUCGACGCAUGGCGUGGGCUGCAGGCCGACAGACCACCAAACCCGAAGACAUGGCGUACUGUUUAAUCGGGCUAUUCGAUGUCAGCAUGCCCAUGCUGUAUGGCGAGGGUGCAGAGAAGGCAUUCUUUCGUCUACAAGAAGAGAUCAUUCAUAACAGCAACGAUCUCAGCCUCUUCGCGUGGACGGCAGCUAACGGAUCAUCCACGUAUCGCGGCAUACUGGCUCGCAGCCCGGAUGAGUUCGCGAGCCUUGGCAAUCUCGUGCUCGAGCAGGACCUCAGGUUCAACCCAGACUAUUCCAUGUCGAAUAAAGGCCUGCGGGUUAUCACCGUCCUGAUACCCACUGAAGACUCAGAAGACGUCAUCAUGCCGCUACAUUGUUACACUGCUGAAGUCCAAGGAAAGAGAAAAGUAUACCUUGGAGUAAUUCUUAAACAUGAAGGUGCCAGCUCGUACGUCCGCGCAAGACCUCAGAUACUUGGCGAAUUGAUAACGCCGACUUCCACCGCGGGUGGAAAUAGCAUUUUCGUCGCCAGAAAUGUACGGAAGACGGUCGCCACAGGUACACUCAACGGCGCCAGCAGGACUCCUAAUGCCUUUUACUUCACGAUCCCAAGCAUCAACGCUCCGAUCCGGUCCAGGCCCCACAAGACAGUUAAACUACUGGAGGUCGAGCCUAGGGAGCUCUGGGAUGCCCAGAACAAUGUCUUUCUUACGCGUGGGUUGCGGAACUUCACCGCAUUUCUCAGGUUCCACGUGAUCUCCAAGGUAAGUUACUACGACUACUGGGUCUAUUCCAGCCUGUUCUGA